CAGUUGUACGCGUACUCUCGCGAGUGUGAUACGCGCGCGCUGUGUCUUAAAAAAUUCGGUCGGCGGCACAUGUAAGCGCAAUGGAUGUUCUGCCGAGCGGUAACCUAUUCCGCGAGUUGCAGGAUGUGACAGAUACUGGAUAUUUCGAGUGGAAGCUGUCCCUGGAGGACUACUGGCAACAGACAUGCUACGAGAUGGAGCGAUAUCUUCGUGAGGAACCUCGCGGGAAGAGGCGCGAGCCGUCUCACGAGGAGGAGUGGGCUGCUUCGGCCGCCUCUUGCCCGCCCUCCCCGCCGUCGCCCCCGUCUCCCCCAUCACCCCAGCCAAUGCUGUUCACCGUGACUGCUGUGAAGAGUGAACCGCCGAGCGACUCUGAAGAACCGAGAGAUGCAGGAAUGGAGCUGAUGUCCGCGGAAGGGGGCCUGCUCAUGGCAGAGACCAGCUAUGCCUUCCCUGACGACUACCCUCGGUUCACCAUCACGGCUGUCAAGAGCGAGCCGCCUAGCGAGGAGGAUGAGCGAGAGGAGCCACCGAGCCCGGCCCCGGCCCGUCGGGCUCACGCGCCGCGUCAUCACCCACACCCGCAUGCGCACGCGACUGACCCGCGCCGUCGCGUCCACCGCUGCGAGUUCCCAGCUUGCGACAAAGUCUACACCAAAAGCUCGCACCUGAAGGCGCAUAAGCGGACGCAUACUGGGGAGAAGCCGUACAAGUGCUCGUGGGAAGGCUGCGAGUGGCGGUUCGCGCGCUCGGACGAGCUGACGCGGCACUACCGCAAACACACGGGCGCCAAGCCCUUCCGCUGCCGCCACUGCGACCGCUGCUUCUCGCGCUCCGACCACCUCGCGCUCCACGCCAAGCGACACGCGUAGCCAUCAAACGCACCGCCCGCCCCCAAACGGAACCGAAAACGUACCAAGCGAAACGACAAAAAAUAGGUUCCCAACAACCCGGGCCCGCGUCCAUCGCACACCCUAACCCCUUUUUGUUUGUGAGUUGUGAUCCGUGCGGUCUUGAACGUUCCUCUCGCCAGUGCCGACACGGUGGACGCGCGCCCGGCGCGGGCGGUCUCGCACCGAGCGAUGCAUGCCAAAGAAUGCCGCCGCUACACGUCGUAGCCGAGUCAACACUCAUGCACCUAAUGCUUUAAAGUUAUUUUUUAUUAUUUUUUAAUUUUUAACGAAAACGAGUUUAUCGGAAAAAUCGUAUCGAAAAUCUCUUGGAUGUUUCGGCACCGGCCUCUUUAUCGUUACGGUUCUUUGUUGCAUUAAGAGAACGAUUUAUAUUUGCCGUUGUUUAUUAUGUAAUUUUUGUAAGCUUUGUGUACAGAGAGGUUUUUUUAUGUCGUUUGGCCGCAAAGCGGCCUUGCGCCGAGAGUUGUGCCAUCGUUGGCGGAGGCGGCGGGCCCGCGCCCGCGCCGCCUGCGCCGACCUGCAUUUCAAAUCACGUGACAUAUUAUUUAUUGGAUCGCGGGAUGUUCGGCAGAUGAUCCCACCGACGCCGAGCACAAUCUUUAAUUUAGGCUUAGUAGAAUGUGCGUCGCGUUACCUGAUGUUUUGUCGAUAUUUCGAAUCAGUUCCGUUCAAAUCUUUCCACUUAGAUGUAAUAAUAAAACUUAUGGUCCAUUUCAUAUGAGCCAUAGUCAUUAUACAUCUAGUCUAGACUCAACUAGCCAUAUGGGACGAGGUGCAAUCUCUGGGCAUGUAGUAAUCAUGGUAAACGAUUAUUGCAAUUUUCUUGAAAAUUAAGUGUUCUAGUUUAUUAUUCGAAGUGAAAAGGUAUUACACAUCACAUUUAUGUACCUACGUUAUUAAGAUCUCGAGGAACAGUAAACCACAGUUCUAUUUGUAGGUGUAAGUUAUAUUUAUUAGAAAACUUUUUUCGUAUUUAAUAUGCAUUUUGUAAAGUAACUAUUUUCUUGGUUAAGAAUAAUCUACCUGUCUAG